AUGGCCGCUGUCAAUGUGCCAGUCCCUGGAGAGGUCUCAGCUCUCACUGAGAUACACCCAGAGCCCCUCAGAAGACUCCUGAAUAUCCUCUCCACUCCCUACCCCAAUCCCAUGAUGUUUGGGGUAGGCAGCAGCUGUGCAACUCCAAAAGGUGGCUGGGCUGACACCAACACCAUUGCUACUGACACUUUCCCACCUCUUUUUAUAGACCAAGCCACCCUGGUAGAACAAGUAAAAAGAGUAAAAGAAAUUGAAGCCAUUGAAAGUGAUUCUUUUGUUCAGCAGACAUUCAGAUCAAGUAAAGAAGUCAAAAAGUCAGUGGAACCUAGUGAAGUGAAGCAUGCAACUGCAGCGUCAGGGCCAGCAUCAGUAGUUGCUGAUCCACCCAGUAAUGAAAAAGAAAUAGACCCCAGCAGCAUCCCUACUGCUAUCAAGUACCAAGAUGACAAUUCUCUGGCCCAUCCAAAUUUAUUUAUUGAGAAAGCUGAUGCUGAGGAAAAGUGGUUCAAGAGAUUAAUUGCUCUCCGACAAGAGAGGCUCAUGGGCAGUCCUGUGGCCUAAGUAAUAUGUAUGUGGUUGAAUUAACAGUAACAUUGGAAAUUUAGGUUUUUAAAUCCCAAUAUUAAUUUUUUACUCUUAAAAAGAAUUUAGCUGAUUAUAUAAUUUAUAAAGGUAAUCUCAUUUCAUUUUUUUCUCAUGUAGGCUUGAAUAUUUGUUAAUUUGAAUUUAAUCAAACAUUGUAAAUGUUAAAAGUAGUGUAAAAUUUAAGAAUGCAUGAAAAUGUCAUACUGUUAAUAAAGCUAAUCCUAAAAAUAUCAAUGUUAAAAUAAA